CAAGUUAGCGGAUAACCAGCGGUGUCUCGCUCUAAUCAGUCCGCUCUGAAACAUCAACUUUCCAGACCUGUGAGUGGUUGAUGCUCAUUGGAUUUCAAUUGUUUUAUCUGACGAUAAUUCGUUCAAUACCACCUUGCUAGCUUACGGUAGAAUACUGUUUUUGUGUGUUGUCUCUUACACUAGUUUCGUUAUUAUUCAAUCAGGGCAUGUUUCAACCUCACCACUUGUGGUUAAGAAAGCUGCCUGCUAGCUUCUUCUGCUAAAUAGCUAUUCAUUGAUUCUAAUUUUGCUUUUUUGCCGACGUUAGUUUAUUGAUUAAUUAGCGAAAUUUAUAUAACGAGAGAGUGACUUUGUUUUUGGUUACCCACAGUAACGUUUAACAAUAAUGGUCGCUCGGUAUUCGUGCGAAGAUGCUAACGUAAGUACUGUAGACAUGAUGGACGACCUAGAUAACAGUGCUAGCUAGUCACUGUAGUUGAAUAGCUUAAGUUUUAACAUCAAUAUUAGCGUUUGAAUGUAAUGAUGGGAGAUUUUGCUAGUUGACUAAUAUUAGUUGAAGGACGCCAGAGAGAGGGGUUUAAAUGGCAAGAAUUGAACCAGGCAACGUUAAUGGUCUUCGGUCAGCACAGUCUAGUAAAAGUUUGAGGGGCACCAGAGAAAGUCUGGCAUUUACAGAAGGAGAAAGCAAUUCUUUCGGCUCGGACUCUGAACUAAAUGGAUAUACCAGCGACAGACAGACGGAUAAAUAUGGAUUUAUUGGCGGUGCACAAAAAUAUUCAGAACAAUUAGCUGAAGACGUCCCUCCUGAGGUGCUGAGACAGAGGGAGGUUAAAUGGCUGGACAUGCUCAACAACUGGGACAAGUGGAUGGCCAAGAGGCACAAGAAGCUGAAGCUGCGAUGUCAGAAGGGCGUACCCCCCUCUCUGCGAGGCCGGGCGUGGCUCUACCUGUCUGGAGGGAAGGUGAAGAGGGAACAACACAAGGGAAAGUUUGAGGACCUGGACGCUCAGGCAGGAGAUCCUAAAUGGGUGGAUGUGAUAGAGAGAGACCUCCACAGACAGUUCCCCUUCCAUGAGAUGUUUGUGGCUAGAGGAGGCCAUGGGCAACAGGAUUUGUUCCGUGUCCUGAAGGCCUACACUCUGCACCGGCCUGAAGAGGGGUACUGCCAGGCACAAGCUCCCAUUGCUGCUGUGCUGCUAAUGCACAUGCCUGCUGAGGAUGCAUUCUGGUGUCUGGUGCAGAUCUGUGAGAAGUACCUUCCUGGAUACUACAGUGCAGGCCUGGAGGCCAUCCAGCUGGACGGGGAGAUCCUGUAUGCUCUGCUGAAACGCGUCUCCCCUGUAGCCCACCGCCACCUGAAGAAGCACAAGAUGGAGCCCAUCCUGUACAUGACGGAGUGGUUCAUGUGUGCCUUCUCCCGCACCCUGCCCUGGGCCUCGGUGCUACGUGUCUGGGACAUGUUCCUCUGUGAGGGGGUGAAGAUCAUCUUCCGGGUGGGUCUGGUACUGUUGAAGUGCAUGCUGGGUUCCCAGGACAAGCUGAAGACAUGUCAGGGCCAAUAUGAGACCAUGGAGCUGCUGAAGACAAUAGACUCACGCUACAUGCAAGAGGGCUUCCUAGUGCAUGAGGUUAUAGAGCUGCCCGUGUCCGAGCAAGACAUUGAGAAGGAGCACUUGGCCCAGCUGCGCCGAUGGAAGGAGGCGCGGGGUGAGUUGCACUGUAAGUCCCCUCCCAGGAUGCACGGCGCCAAGGCCAUCAUGGCCGCCGAGCCACCCAGUCGCCAGGACCUGAGACAGAACCCCACCAUCAUAGUCCAGCCGUCCGUGGAAACCAAGAAGGCUGGUGAGGUGGUCUGGGAGGAGGGCAAGGGGAGGAGAAAGACCGAAGAGGAGAAGCUUGGGAAGAAGGGCAGCUCGACGGCGUCAGAAGUGGCCAAACCCUCACCUGAAGCCAGCGAGCCGUCGCCCCUCCUCAAAGACACUCCCCUGCAACAGUCUAAUCAGAGUCUGAGCAGCACAGAGCAGGACACCUACCUGUAGCCGGCCAGGUUACUGUUCUGACCCAGACGUCCGGGCCAGACCGCUCUACACGUCCUCGCUAACGAUGUCCAUCAUAGUACAAUGCCUCGGCAGCAUAACGCUAAAAAAGACUGGGAAUCUCUGCUGCACCUUCCAUUGAACCCUGGCAGCCACUACAGAACUAGAAACCAUAGGGUUGUUGUUUUUCCCGCCUGUAUGGGACCUGGCAGAGUUCCUUUCCAUAGGGAGAGUACAGCACAUACAUGUGGACAGACACUUGGGCAGAGUGUUCAGCCCGCUGCUUAACUGAACCACAUCGGUUUACUAUAUGUUGAGCAAUUGAAGAUCAGGGGAGAUAACUAGCCAGGCAUCUGGGGCCUGCUCCCCUAAUCUGGGUGCACAAUGUCUGUCUUCCGUGCUAACUGUGGUAUGACACUACCUUGUCAACACACCAAUUUAGCAUUGUUAGAUGAUGUUCUCAGGCACAGGGAGUGUCAAUAGUACAGAACAUAAUGACUUGAAUUACAUAGGCUCCCUGAGAAAAAAAAAGGUUAAAGCAAUUGUCAUUCACUCAUUGGUCGUAGUUAAUGUUGAUGAACACUAGAGGGCAGCACAGGAUAAUUUUGCUCCAACCAAUUAAGGACCAGCUGGAGGGAAAACCAAAUAUCUGUUUGUCCUUUGUAACGUUAUAGUUUAAGGAAAUUUGCUUCUGCAGGACAAUUACUAUCACUGGACCAAAGAUUGUUGAUUUUAUGAUUAGACAUUUCUUUAUGUUAUAAAGUAUAUACCAUCUGAAUUAUUUCUCAUUGUGUGUAGUUGGGAAAAUGUGUUGUGGUUCUACAGCCAGAGAACACCAUUAGAUGGUCUUACUCAGCCUUGAUCAAGGUAUAAGCUAUUUGUGUCUGUUUUUUUUUACUCUGUAUGUAUUGCUUUAUGUAUUCAUCAGAAACUCAUAAGUUUCUCAAGACCAUUUAUUUGAACUAUAUAAAAAUUGUAUGUAUGUUAAAAUUAUUUUUUCUUUAAAGAUUUAUGGUUUUUCACACUUUCAGAUGUCCUAAAACCUUAGGCUAAAUUUAUAUUUCUUUUAAGAUUAAGCACUUUGUACCUGAUCUAGCCUUUCAAAAGAAUUGUAAUGUACAUUAAUGUUAGUGUUUGUUCCUGUGACGGCUAUGUUUCCUAACACUGACAGCAAUAAGACCGAUAUGGAGAAAGAACAACAGCUUUCACUGCUUCACAUUAUAGGUGGUGCCAUGGAACUCUUAUGAACAGCAAACUAGCAUUAGUCCCAUCCUAUUGCAGUGUGCUCAUUAUCCUGGGUUUUGAUCCUGGGUCAUAUUUCUAGAACCACUCAAAGUGUGGAUGGAUCUCUUCCAGCUUUGACCACUUUCUGGAACUGUUACAGAAGAAGCACUUUGGGGGAGGUUCUCUGUUGCUGGAAUAUUAUCUGAAUGAAUAUUGUCUCUUUGUCACCUUAAACGCUGAAAUACCUGGCCUUAGGGUGGCCUCUAUACAUGGCCAUCUGUAUCUUCUUGCUGGUUCUGUACCAAACCAAUCAAAUUUCCAUCAAUAAAAUGUGAUAGUCUUGUAGUAA